ACGGCUGCAUUGGAUAGCUUUGGGAACGCAUUGUUGAAUUUUCAUCGCCGAGGUAUACACGUGCGUUGAAAGAAUAUCUCCAGUAAAAUGAAAAUUAAAAAAAUCAGAAAAUUGAAACGUAAGAAGAAAUAUAAUCAGAAUGUGAAUCGAAAAAGGUUACGAGAUAAGUUACAGAAACUGCCGAAUAUUCCAUGUGAUGAGGUGAAGAAGGCAUGGGAAAAUACAAGAUCUACUCGUGUCAAUUUAAAAGAUAUGGGUUUGGCGUACGAUGCAAACGAAACAAUGCAAAUACGUAAUGUGAAACGCGAGAUGUUAGAGGAGGCCGUAAAAAAAGUAAAGAAAGCAGGAAAUGAAGAUUCGUCAAAUCACAAAAAUAAAGAAAUGAAUAUAAUUACAACAAAAAAUUAUGUAGCAAAAAAAUUGGAAGCAGAGGCAAAAGCUCCUAGAGAGCGACUUCUUAAAUUACCGAAGGCACAAACAGAAUUUCUCACUUAUUUAAUAAAAAAAUAUGGUGAAGAUUACAAGGCAAUGUCGAGAGACAAGAAGAACUAUUAUCAAUUAACUUGGAAGCAAAUACGAGCCAAAAUAAAAAUGUUUAAAGGUAUUCCAGAACAAUAUAACGAAUAUUUUUAACAUAACAAUAUUUACUUAGAAUCUUAAUAUAUAUGAAUAUAUAUUAGGAUUUUUUAUAUUUUUGAAUUAAAAUUAAUGUAUAUGUAAGUUAAUGACUUAAAUAUACAAUGCAAAAUAAUCUAUACUAAUUUGUUAAGAGAAAAAAGAUUGUAUUAUGAUAGAAAAUAAAUACAUUUUGUUAUAUAUAACAAAAUUUAUUUAUAAAUAAUGAAUGUUUGUAAUUAUAUUACUGUACAUAAAUACUUUACUAUAUAGUGUAAUAUAUGUGGGUUUGCUUUGCCAUCUUUAAUUUUAUUGGAUGAUUAAAUGUAAAAAUUACCAAUUGCAAAA